CUUUUGAUUCAGUUUGAGAAGAAGAGAGGACAGUGGCGGGUGGAAGCAGAAUAAACAUUUAUAAAGAAAUAUCAAGAUAUACGUUGUAUUUAUAUUAUUAUUCAGAGGAGUAGUAAUGGCGUCAGGGGGAGAUUCCAAAAGUGACGAUCUUUCCACUGCGAUUUUAAAACAGAAGAGCAGACCGAACAGGCUGAUUGUGGAUGAGUCUAUCAAUGAGGAUAACAGCGUGGUUUCGCUUUCUCAGGCGAAGAUGGAUGAGCUGCAGCUGUUCAGGGGAGACACUGUGUUGCUGAAGGGGAAGAAGAGGCGUGAGAGUGUGUGCAUCGUCCUCUCCGAUGAUACCUGCUCAGAUGAGAAAGUGCGCAUGAACAGGGUCGUUCGCAAUAACCUGAGGGUCCGGCUGGGGGAUGUCAUCAGCAUCCAGCCAUGCCCGGAUGUGAAGUAUGGUAAACGUAUCCAUGUCCUCCCCAUUGACGACACUGUGGAGGGGAUCACUGGUAACAUCUUUGAGGUUUAUCUCAAGCCAUACUUCCUGGAGGCGUACAGGCCCAUCAGGAAAGGAGAUAUUUUCCUGGUACGAGGAGGAAUGCGAGCUGUGGAAUUCAAGGUGGUGGAGACAGACCCCAGCCCAUACUGCAUAGUGGCUCCUGACACUGUGAUUCACUGUGAGGGAGAGCCCAUUAAGAGAGAGGAUGAGGAGGAGUCUCUCAAUGAAGUUGGGUACGAUGACAUCGGAGGAGUGAGGAAACAGCUGGCCCAGAUUAAGGAGAUGGUGGAGCUCCCUCUCAGACAUCCUGCACUUUUCAAGGCUAUUGGAGUCAAGCCUCCACGUGGUAUUCUGUUGUAUGGACCCCCUGGUACUGGCAAGACCCUGAUUGCUCGAGCUGUGGCUAAUGAGACUGGAGCUUUCUUCUUCCUCAUUAAUGGUCCUGAAAUUAUGAGCAAACUAGCUGGAGAGUCUGAGAGCAACCUGAGAAAAGCAUUUGAAGAAGCUGAGAAGAACGCCCCGGCCAUCAUCUUCAUUGAUGAGCUGGAUGCCAUAGCACCAAAGAGAGAGAAGACUCACGGUGAGGUGGAGCGGCGCAUUGUUUCUCAGCUGUUGACUCUGAUGGACGGUUUGAAGCAGAGGGCACAUGUCAUUGUCAUGGCAGCUACCAACAGGCCAAACAGCAUUGACCCAGCCCUCAGGCGAUUUGGUCGCUUUGACAGAGAGGUGGAUAUUGGUAUUCCUGAUGCCACGGGACGACUGGAAAUCCUGCAGAUUCACACAAAGAAUAUGAAACUGGCUGACGAUGUUGACCUCGAACAGGUUGCUAAUGAGACCCAUGGUCACGUGGGUGCUGAUCUGGCUGCUCUCUGCUCGGAGGCUGCUCUGCAGGCUAUCAGGAAGAAGAUGGACCUCAUCGACCUGGAAGAUGAGACCAUUGAUGCAGAGGUCAUGAACUCGCUUGCAGUCACCAUGGAUGACUUCAGGUGGGCCCUGAGCCAGAGCAAUCCAUCAGCCUUGCGUGAGACUGUGGUGGAGGUGCCAAAUAUCUCCUGGGAAGAUAUUGGUGGUUUGGAGGAUGUCAAGAGAGAACUGCAGGAGCUUGUACAGUACCCAGUGGAGCAUCCAGAGAAGUUCCUAAAGUUUGGUAUGACCCCCUCCAAAGGCGUGCUGUUCUAUGGGCCUCCUGGUUGUGGUAAGACUCUGCUGGCCAAAGCCAUUGCCAACGAGUGCCAGGCCAACUUCAUCUCCAUCAAGGGGCCUGAGCUGCUUACCAUGUGGUUCGGAGAGUCUGAGGCCAAUGUGCGCGAGAUCUUCGACAAGGCCCGUCAAGCUGCCCCCUGUGUCUUGUUCUUCGACGAGCUGGAUUCCAUUGCUAAGGCUCGCGGUGGGAAUGUUGGGGAUGGCGGCGGAGCGGCAGACAGAGUCAUCAACCAGAUCCUGACGGAGAUGGACGGCAUGUCCAGCAAGAAGAACGUCUUCAUCAUUGGGGCCACCAACAGACCUGACAUUAUUGACCCAGCCAUCCUGCGACCCGGCCGACUGGACCAGCUCAUCUACAUCCCCCUGCCCGACGAGAAGUCCCGUAUUUCCAUCCUCAAGGCCAACCUCAGGAAGUCUCCCAUUUCCAAGGAUGUAGAUGUGGAUUUCCUGGCCAAGAUGACCAAUGGCUUCUCUGGAGCUGACUUGACAGAGAUCUGCCAGCGCGCCUGCAAGCUAGCCAUCAGAGAGUCCAUUGAGAAUGAGAUCCGACGGGAACGUGAGAGGCAGACCAACCCUUCUGCCAUGGAGGUAGAGGAGGAUGACCCCGUUCCUGAGAUUCGCAAGGAUCAUUUCGAGGAGGCCAUGCGCUUUGCUCGCCGCUCUGUCAGCGACAAUGACAUCCGCAAGUACGAGAUGUUCGCACAGACCUUGCAGCAGAGCCGUGGAUUUGGCAGUUUCAGAUUCCCCACCAGUAACCAGGGAGGUGCUGGACCAAGCCAGGGCUCUGCUGGAGGCACCGGUGGCACAGUCUUCAACGAGGACAAUGAUGAUGACCUGUACGGUUAACCUCAACCUCGUGGUGGACCAGAACAAUCCAUACAGACCAGGCCACGCUGUACAAAACUACAAGCAGAAAACAAAUCCACAUUUCUACGACUCUAUGCUUAUUGUGUUUAUAUAUUUUUUUUUCUUAAAUACCCCCUAUUUUGUUCUCUCUUCCCUCUUUGUCUCCCCACACCUGUCAGAGGAAGCAUGUUGCUGCUUGUAUUUAUACUCUGGUUUUAUUUCCAAGAGGGUAAUAAUUCCAGAGCCAAAGGAUCUUUAAGUAUGGGGGAGUAUUUAAGUAGAUGAAUACACAGUAAAGGCUUAAUUUUUGGAACUGUCUUUUUAAAUUCAUGUUACAUUGUGAUCCGCUUUAGUGAUGGGUACAACGCUAGCCUGUAAGGAGGAAAAAAUAAAAUGGCUAAUAUGACUUCAUUUUUUAUGGCGGUAGCAUAUAAUGUAUUCCAAGUUUGAAAGAAAAAAAAAUCUUAAGAACUGAAAAUAAAUUAGUGUCUGUAAGAAGAA